AUGCCUCGCCCCACGUCCCGUACGCUUUUCGUAGUCGUCCCUGGCGCCUCUCAAAGUCCUUCCCACUAUGGCUAUCUCCUCCAUCUCCUCCAAAGCAGGGGCUAUCCUACAUUGUCCGCCUUACUCCCUUCGACCGGCAGCACCGAGAAUGUGAUCGUAUAUAAUGACACCCAAUACGUGCUUAAGCGCAUGCCCCUUCCCAUCCUUGAUGUUGAGAAGCACAACGUGAUCCUAGUCACGCAUUCCUACAGCAGCAUCCCCGGCAGUGCCGCUGCCAUGGGCCUCAGCAAAGCAGAGCGCACCGCGCAGGGAAAAACCACACACCUGCCACCGCAUAUUGGUAUUGGUGACGGUGACUAUGCGGGGCUGCUAACUUGCGAUGACCCGGCGCCGAAGCUUGUGCAGGACGCCAUCGCCAUGUCAACCCUGUGUCCUAGCUUCGCAUCAUUUCACAGUCCAUGUCCAAAGGCUUCGUGGAGCUCAGAGCAUUACAAGGGACGCAUAGCAUACAUUCGCGCUGUCAAAGACGUAGGCAUACCACUUGAGGGACAGAACAUGAUGCUCAAAGGUACGGGUGUGGAGUGGAUUGAGAAUGAUAUUGACACAGGGCAUAGUCCACAGAUCGUGCAGCCGGAGACUCUACUUGUCAUAUUUAUUGAGCUGGCUGAGCAGUGGGAGAAGCUUUAA